AUGGCCUCAGCCCAGGACGACGCCGAAGCGGAAUAUGGCGCAGGAUCUGCUGCCAGCUAUUCCAACAACAACGGCGCCUACGAUGGGGUCGAGCAACAAGCUCAAGAGCAAGACGAGGAAGACGACGAAGUCGAAGCGGUCAAACAGCAACUCCGCUUUACCAAGCAAGAGUCCCUUUCUUCCACCCGCAACGCGCUGCGCAUCGCCCGAGAGACCGAGGAGACUGCUACGGGCACAGUGCUCAAACUUGGAGAGCAGUCCGACAAGAUUGCGAAUACGGAGCGUCAUUUGGACAUGAGCAAGGCGCAUAGCAGCAGGGCGGAUGAUAAUGCCAAGGAGAUCGUGGCGCUCAAUCGGUCCAUCUUCCGCCCGAACAUCCAAUUCAACAAGAAGGCAAAGAGGGAUGCGGAGGAGGCUAGAAUUCUCAACCGACACAUCGAGGAACGCGAGGAACGUGAAGCCGUCAGGAGUGAAGCGCUCAAGGCUCAAGUGAGGGCAGAUCAGGCACUCACGGGCGCAGAAGAGCAACAAAAGCAGCGCCUCCAACAGCGCUCUCGCUACCAAUUCGAGGCGACAGAGAGCGACGACGAGCUCGAGGGGGAGCUCGAGGACAAUCUGGACGAAAUUGGAGCCCUUGCUGGACGGCUCAACCAGUUGGGCAAGAGCAUGGGUGCAGAGCUGACUAGCCAGAACGAGCGAUUGACGAGGCUGAAUGAUAAGGCCAAUCGUUUGGAUACGAGGGUUUACGGGAGCGCGCAAAGGCUCGAUGCGAUCGGGAAGAAGUAA